AGGCGGGGGGCGCGGGGUGGUGGCGGGCGGCGCAGGUUCCCCCCUCUGGUGGCGGCGCGGUGGUGCGCGCCACCCAGGGAGCUGCGGCCCGGGGUUUGAACCGGCCAACUUCUCCAGCGGGCAGGGGCGAGGGCCAGCGCGGCUGCCUGGGAGAGUGACACGCUGAGCUGAAGCCAUGGUUCAUCAGGUGCUCUACCGGGCGUUGGUCUCCACCAAGUGGCUGGCAGAGUCCAUCAGGACUGGCAAGCUGGGGCCCGACCUGCGGGUGCUGGACGCGUCCUGGUACUCACCGGGCACCCGAGAGGCCCGCAAAGAGUACCUGGAGCGCCACGUGCCCGGCGCCUCUUUCUUUGACAUAGAGGAGUGCCGGGACACGGCGUCGCCCUACGAGAUGAUGCUACCCAGCGAGGCUGGCUUCGCCGACUAUGUGGGCCGCCUGGGCAUCAGCAACCACACGCACGUGGUGGUGUAUGAUGGUGACCACCUGGGCAGCUUCUACGCUCCCCGGGUCUGGUGGAUGUUCCGUGUGUUCGGCCACCGCACCGUGUCAGUACUCAAUGGUGGCUUCCGGAACUGGCUGAAGGAGGGCCACCCCGUGACAUCCGAGCCCUCACGCCCCGAACCUGCCAUCUUCAAAGCCACACUGGACCGCUCCCUGCUCAAGACCUAUGAGCAGGUGCUGGAGAACCUUGAAUCUAAGAGGUUCCAGCUGGUGGAUUCACGGUCCCAAGGGCGGUUCCUGGGUACUGAGCCAGAGCCGGAUGCAUUCGGACUAAGCUUGGAAUCACCUGUCCCACAGCAAGAGGCUAUGGAGCUGGGCCGUCGACCAGGUACAACCGGUUUAACCAGGGCCCACCUGAAUGAUGAGAAGGGCCAGCAGGACACAGACCCCUGGAAAACGGCCUGCAGUUCCUUGGACACCUCCAACUUUAAGUACCAGGGUCUGUCGUCCCCACUGCCCCUGCCCCGGACAGCCAGCACUCAAGGCAGCUCCCUAGGACAGUGCCACUUGGAGGAGAUGCCCCCUCCACCCCCAACUGCUGCCAGCAGGGCUUCUCUGGGGAUGGACCCACAGUCCAGGUCCCCGAAGAAUGGGGACUCUCGAUCCUCCUCGAGAGAGAACAGGGCCACCUUGAGAGAGUGGUCUCAGCCAUGCCAGGGGACAGAUGACGGUCCCAGCUUGGGGACCCAGGACCAGAGGAGCACGCCCACGAGCCAGAAAGGCAGCAUAAUUCCUAACAACAUUCGCCACAAGUUUGGGAGCAACGUGGUGGACCAGCUGGUCUCCGAAGAGCAGGCUGAAAGGGCUAUUAGUGAAGUCUUCCAGGGCCAGAAGAAGGCAAGCUUAUGGCCCAGCAGGAAACAGAGUCCUGCCGGCAUCUCCUCCAUCUUCUCAGAUUACUGUGAUCUCGGCUACAACAUGCGGUCAAACUUGUUUCAAGGGGCUCCCGAGGAGACACAGAGCCUCAUGAAGGCUUCCUACACCCCAGAGGUCAUUGAGAAGUCAGUGCGGGACUUAGAACAGUGGCAUGGCAGGAAGACGGAUGACCUGGGAAUUCGGGGAGAGCAUCCAUCUCUCCUGAUGUAAUGAAUGAGGAACCAUGCAGCCCAGACUGCUCCUGGCAGACAUCUAUGACCAGAGGAACUGCAGACCGUGCAGCACAUCCUGGAUCCUCCAUGGCUUUGCUGAGCUGCUCCAUCAACUUGGCUAGAAGCCGCUGGUCUCUGGACUUCCUGUAAUGUGAUCCUGAGAAUCUCCUCAUUGUUUAAGCAGCCAAAAGCAUCCUCAGCCCCUAAGAACCCUGGGAAUUGGAGCCCCAGGGAAGAGUCCCAAGAUAAUGGGUUCCAGGUCAGACAGUUCUGUUUUCCAGCUGAUCCUGAAGCUUUUCACCUGGUGAGCCUCUAGGCAUGCAGCACCCUCCAUCCCCACAUCACUGACUUGCACCCUUAGAAUGUGCUCUACCUACAGGUUGUUAUUUGCUGUGUUCCAAACCACAGUACCAAGACUUGUGGGCUUAAAACGACAUGAUCCAUAAUAUGCUCAUGAUUGAGCAAUUUAGGUAGGACUCAGGAGGUACCGUUCAUUUUUGUUCUGUAGAGCACCUGCUGUGAAGAUACCUGCUCUUCUCCCAUGCCUAGUGCCUCACCUGGGAUGAGUACCACAGUCUUUCUUGUAGGACCUCUCUUCAUGGCUCACGUGAGCGUCUUCUGGAAUGGGGACUGGGUUACAAGAAGGAGCCUUCUGAGGGGACAAGAUUAAAUGUGCAAUGGUUUAUCAAGCCUUGCACUGGCUUGUCAAUGUCUCUGUGGACAAAGGGACAUACGGCCAAGCCCAGACUUUGUGAGAAAGGACUACAUAAGAGUAUUACUAUGCGCCGGAAUGGUUCAUUGGAGACCUCAAAAUAACAGUUUAUCCCAGUGGUCAUCUUGCUUUUGAAAGAUCAAAAGCAAAAGGAAGAAUCAAAAUCACCACCAGGAGAAAAGGAGACAUGUUCCAACCCCUCCCCAACUGCCCCUCCUCCCAUAAAAGGAAUGACUUUUUACUUUUCUUUUCUUUUUCUUUGUUUUUGAGAUGGAGUCUGGCUCUGUUGCCCAGGCUAGAGUGCAACGGCCCAAUCUUGGCUUACAGUAACCUCCACCUCCUGGGUUCAAACUGUUCUUUUGCCUCAGCCUCCCAAGGAGCUGGGAUUACAGGCAUGCACCACCAUGCCCAGCUAAUUUUUGUAUUUUUAGUAGAAAUGAGGUUUCACCAUGUUGGCCAGGAUGGUCUCAAACUCCUGAUCUCAAGUGAUCCACCUGCCUUGGCCUCCCAGAAUGCUGAGAUUACAGGCGUGAGACACUAUGGCCAGCCAGGAAUGACUUUUUAAAGAAAGGAUUGGAUCAGAAUGCAAGACAGGGAAGUGAAUCUGACCUGAUUUAAUAUUUAGGAAGCACCUAAGUGUGCAAAGUGCAGGGUUGAGUUCAACUUCUUUAUUGGGUACCUAAUUUCUGCAAGACACUGUUCUUGGCACUGGAAACACUAGACUUUGUCUUAAGAACUGCUAUAGGUGCCCAUCACAUGUGGCACCUGAAAAUAAGUCACCCAAAGUCUUGUGGCUAAAGCAGACUCCGUGCUGUUCUGACGUAGAAAUGAAAACGUGGCAAACGCGUAUGAUUAUGUACCACAUGGUUUCUAUAUGCAACUGUGCCAGUCCUCAAAGCUGUUAUCAUCCUCUUUCUGAAGGUGAGGAAAUUGAGGCUUGGAGAGGCCAAGGAAAUUGUAUAAGACGAUAUGCAUAGGAAGCAGGGAUGCAAACCCAGGAAUUUCUAUCCAAAGCCACUUCUGCUCUAUCAGGCAAUCUUCCUGCAGCGUAUGUAGUCCAACGGUGCAGUGCCUAACAGGGCUGAGUGUUUGUGGCACUUGUUGACUAAGCAGCACACUCAGCCCUGUUAGGCACAGCGGGAGCAGCAAUAUGAAUGCAAUACAGUCCAGUCCUCAGAGCUUUACAGUCUGCAGGAGAGUGAUGUGGAAGAAGCUGGCUUAGAGAUUCAUCUCCCCAUCAUAUGCCCCUGCCCAGCCCUGAUCAACGAGCUGUACAUGCAAACAUGAGUAAGACAUGGUGCCUGUCCCCAAGGAGUUCAGAGUCUGGUGGGGAGACAGAUAUAUCAGUAAAUAGAUGCUCAGAAGUCAUACACAGGCAGUGAGAUGUUCACGUGGGGCCAGGAAAAGCACAAAGGAGAACGUGGCUAGUUCUGCCUGGGAUGGGAUGGGGUGCCGGUCACAUGGUAGGCUUCCUAGAGGAGGUGUUAUAAAGAUCAAUCAUGGAACUUUAGUAAGGAUAUUCAGGUGGACUGGAAGAGGCGUAGCGUUCCAGAGAGAAGACAUGGUAUGCACGAAGCUGGAGCAUGAUGUAUUUGGCAAGCCGCAGGUUGCUCGUUAAGCUUGGGAGGUAGGGCUCCAAGCUUAGGAGGCAGGAAAUGCAGAUGGAGUCUGUGCCUGGAUGGGGCUGUCUUCUGCGAGGGCCUUAAAUUUGAGACCCAGACCUUCCUUCUAGGACUUUACAGUCUGUCUGGAACACAAAGAGUUAAUGACUAAAGAAGCCGCAAAGAGAGAGUUGAAAAGAUGCUCAUUAUCCCCAAUAAUCAGAGAUGCAAAUGAAAACAAUCCAUCAGGUUGGCAAAAAUCAAAACGCAAGUGUAGGUGAGAAUGAGGGAAAUGGAAAUUUUCGUAUGCUUGAUGAACUAUGAGCCAAGAAUGGUGGGCAAGUAUUUAGCAAAAUUGAAUUUUUUUUUUUUUUUUUCAGAAAGAAAGAAAGAAAGAGAAAAGGGGGAGAGAGAACAGGAGUCUUGCUCUAUUGCCCAGGCUGGAAUGCAAUCUAGAAAUAGGCAUUAAAAACCUAUUUUAUGCUGAUGAUUGUGCUUAACAGCGGAGACAGGAAGGAAUAAGGAAAGAAAAAAACAAACAGCCAACCAAUAUUUCGUUUAAAUCUGUGAAAUGCUGUGCAAGUGCUGAAGAGUGAUUUGCUUCCAUUUAUGUGGUCACUUUCAAAAUAAGUGUAAUGUGAUACUAAAAAAAAAUGUAUGUUCUGUGGACCUGGGGUGAAGAAUUCUAUAAAUAUUCACUGGGUUUACUUGUUCCAGGUCUGAAUUCAAAUCAUAAAUGUCUCUGUUAAUUUUUUAUCUGGUUGAUCCGUUGAAUAUUAACAAUGUGGUGUCAAAGUCUCCCGCUAUUAGUGUGGGAGUCCAAGUCUCUUUAUAAGUCAUUGAAAACUUGUCUUAUAUAUCUGGGUGCCCCUAUAUUGGGUACAUAUAUAUUUAUGAUCAUUGACUCCUAUUGUUGCACUGAUCUUUUUAUGAUUAUGUAAUGUCCUUUGUUUCUUUUAGUCUUGGUUACUAUUGUAGUCUAUUUUGUCAGAGAUGAAAGUUACAACUCCUGUUUUUUUUUGUUGUUGUUGUUUGUUUGUUUUGUCUUUCUUUCCUCUCCAUUUGAUUGGUGAAUCUUCCUCCAACCUUUUGUUUUGAGUCUUUGUUGUCCUUGCUUAUGAGAUGGAUCUGGAUACAGAGUGCCGAUGUGUUUUGACUUUUUAUUCAGUUUGCGUGUCUGUGUCUUUGAUUGGGACAUUUAAUCCAUUUAAAUUUAGGAUUAAUAUUGAUAUUUGUGAGUUUAAUAUUGUCAUUUAAUGCCGGCUGGCUAUUUUGCCCAUUAGUUGAUAUAAAUACUUCAUUAUGGAGAUACUAUUUAUCUUUCAGUAAGUUUUUGGAAUGACUGAUACUGGUUGUUCCUUUCUGUGUAUAGUGCUUCUUUCAGAAGCUCCUGUAAGGCUGGCCUGGUGGUGAUGAAAUCUCUGAGUGCUUGCUUGUUCGUGAAAAAUUUUAUUUUUCCUUCAUUUAUAAAGCUUAGUUUGGCUGGAUAUGAGAUUCUGGGUUGAAAAUUCUUUUCUUUGAGGAUAUUGAAUAUUAGCCCCCACUCUCUUCUAGCUUGUAGGGUUUCUGCUGAGAGAUCUGCUGUAAGUCUGAUAGGCUUCCCUUUAUGGGUAACCUGACCUUUCUCUCUAGAUGCCCUUAGAAUUUUCUCCUUUAUUUCAACCCUGGUGAAUCUAACAAUUAUGUGUCUUAAGGUUGUUCUACUUAAGGAAUAUCUUUGUGGUGGUCUCUGUAUUACCUGGAGAUGAGUAUUGUCCCACCUUACUAGGUUAGGAGAGUUUUCCUGAAUAAUAUCCUGAAGAAUAUUUUCCAACUUGGAUUAAUUCUCUUCAUGACAUUCAGGUACACCUAUCAAACGUAAAUUAGGUCUUUUCACAUAGUCCCAUAUUUCUUGGAGACGUUGAGCAUUCCUUUUUACUUUUUCUUCUCUAAUCUUGUCUUCUCGUAUCAUUUCAUUCAGUUGGUCUUCGACCUCUGAUGUCCUUUCUUCUGCUUGAUCAAUUCGAGUGUUAAAACCUGUGCAUACUUUUUGGAGUUCUUGUAUAGUAUUCUUCAGUUUCAUUAAUUCCCUUAUAUUCCUCUCUAAAUUGUCUAUUCUCAUUAGGAUUUCAUCAAAUCUUUUUUCAAAGUUCUUAUAUUCUUUACAUUGGGCUAGAACAUGUUCUUUUAACUCACAGAAGUUUCUUAUUAUCCACCUUCUGAAGCCUGAUUCUGUUAUUGGAAUGCACUCAUUUUCCAUCAGGCCUUGUUCUCCUGUUGAUGAGGAAUUGUGAUUCUCUGCAGAGGGAGAGGCAUUCUGAUUUUGAGUAUUCUCAGCCUUUUUACACUUGUUUCUUCCCAUCAUUGUAAAUUUACCCACCUGUCAUCUUUGUAAUUACCAACUUUCAAAUUAGAUCUCUUAGUGGACGCCCAACUUGUUAAUUCCCAGGGCCAAAAUGUGAGCAACCCACUGAGCCGGCUAAAACAGCGGCAUCAAGAUUCUUGGUGCUUUUCUGUCCGGGAGUCUCCCGUCUGGCUUCCCUCCUGAGUUCCUUCUUCAGUCAGCUCCAAACGUCAGCCAAAAGGGGAACCAGUCCCGUUUAUUCUGCACCAAGAACCGCUGCACCGGGGCACCGGCAAAACCGCAGCACUGGCAAAACCGCAGCGCCAGCUGCAAGAGUCGCGCUGGUGACCAGUGGGGCUCCUCCGCUGGGAAUCUCCUGGUCCUUGAGCAACAAGAAUUCGUCUGAAAGUGUGGCAUCCUCUCGUUCUCUGCGUUUUCACUGGGAGCUACAAGCCUGAGCUGCUAGUGGUCGGCCAUCUUGGAUCUCUCACAAAAUUGAAAUUGUAUCCUACAACCUGCAAUUUCCAUUCCUACAUAGCCUAGAGAAACCCUUGAACAUGCACACGGGGAGCCCAGGCAAAGAUCUCCAUUGCCGUAUAGUUUAAAAUAGUAAAACGACCUACAUGCCUUUUUAGCUGGACAGUGGACAAAUGGGAUGAUUUAUGUCAGUGGAAAGAAAUGAACCACAUCUGUAUGUGUCGUCAUGGAAAGAUCUCACAAUAUAUCAUGGUGGGCGAGAAUGAUCAUCUCCAGAACGAGCCUCCACAGCAGGAAAUGUGCUGUGGAUGUGGCCUUCAAAAGGCACCCACAAAGCCUCUCUAUUGCUCUUGGGUAUGAGGAUGAAGGUGGAUGGGCAGGAUGCCACAGAAACCCAACUUCACAUUACAUUUAAUUUAGUACUUUUCAGAGCAGUUUUACGAGAGAGAGCUGCCAAGAUGCUUUCUGAUGCGACAACGAAGACACUAGCAAGAGUGUCUGAGAAGCACAGUGUUGGUGAACUGACCUGAAGUUAAGUGAGCAAUUUCGAUUCUGACAUGUGGGAACAAGUGUCUCAUGUUUUAUGACCUUGUCUCCGUGGAAGAUUCAUCCUCAGAAGGAGGAACCCUUUUUAAUUAAACAUUGAAUAUUCUGGAGAGAUAAAAGCUGUGAUCUUGGCAAAGUAAAUAA